GCGCAAUGUAUAUAAACGUCGCUAGCUAUAUAUGUGGAUGUAGGGCACAUGCUCGUUAGCCUGGUUUGCUUGCAAGGCUCAAGUCGCCAAGACUACACUCACUGUCAAUGAUGUAGCUCGCUUCGCCUAAUGUCGUUACACCACUUUUAAGUCCCUAACAUUCAAAUGAAGCAGUGCUGUUUAGAGCUUGCUGGGUGGACUUUUCGACGUUUAGCGAGUGGAUGGCUGCUUCGAUAAAUAACGAUGAAAAUUACAUUUAUUUUCCUGUUACUGGCGGCGGGGCUAUGGCAGGAAGCGAGUGCGGAGAGUCGUCCAUGGUGUUUGGAUGGUGUAGCCCUCUGCCGCGGCAAGAGCAUACCGACGGAGCUGUAUUCUCACACCUUCACCGUCGUACCGGGCUCUCAGUCAAAGCGCACAAAGGCCUAUAUCCUGGGCGGCCAGCGGUCUUCCUCCUCCUCCAGCUUCGUGUCACUGGCCUCCGUGGCCGCUGUAGACCUGACCGACAUGACACUGCUGACGGAGGACAAGGUGGCGUUCAGCAGCGGCAACGCGUCCCGGCCCCAGCGCACCGGCCACUCCGCUGUGCCGUACAACGGCAGCGUGCUGGUCUUCGGCGGCUCCAUGGUCAACAAGAGCGAGAGCAAGCUGCCGGUAGCUACUAACGAGGUGUUGUGGUUAGACCUGGGGGAUGCCUUCAAGCCGCCCUUGUGGAGGGUGCUGUUCAACAGGACACGCGGAGGAGGAGGAGGCGGUGGGGCGGGGUCAUCCUCGCCCGUGCCGCGGCAGAAUGCGGCGGUGACGGUUGUGAAUGACACGUUGUGGGUGUUCGGCGGGCUGGACAACAACACGAAAAUCCUGGAUGACACCUGGUCCUUUAACAUCCGCAACGCAACCUGGAAGCUGCACAACUCAACGGUUAAUGGCACCCGGCCUCCCAGUGACUCCACGGGUGCGCGCGGCCUGCAGCGCGCCUCCAUGACGCCCUCCAGCAACGGGCGCUACCUCCUGUUGUACGGCGGCCGCAAUCAGGGAGCCCCGGCCUUCAAACAGCCCCCCUUGCCACAAACCCGGUUGUGGCUGCUAGACACCCUCACUGCGGCCUGGCAACCGGUUGAGAUGGAAUACCCGCCGCAUAACAACGGCAGGAACGACACCAUCGUUCACCUGCCCGGGAAUGACACCAUUAUAACGCUGGUGCCGGCUGCUGUCAACAGCAGCAGCGGAGGAGGCAGCAGCAGCAGUGGGACUGAAUUGAUGAUCAUCACAACUGGUUUUUGGAAGUCUGCUAACGCUUCCAGCCCUUCAUCGUACAAGAUGUACAUAUCCAUCCUGAAGUCCAGUACGGAUGGCAAGUUUGAAUCUUACCUCCCUGCAAUCGCAAGCGGGAGAAAUACGUCUGUUCUCUUCAAGUGGGACGCGCUAUUCAUCACUUCGAAGACCGAAAACGUCCUCGUUGCUGACCAGACCAACGCGAUCAUUGACUCUGAUGCGGCUCGGGAUUUUCCCCUAUCCGACCGAGUACCGCCACUCAAAGAUUCGGCGCUCGCCCUCUCCCCGGACUUGGGCCUACUGUACAUAUCUGGCGGCCAGGACCAGCUGGGCAAGGCCUCUUCGAAGCUCAUCGUGGUGGAUCUCGAUGAAGGGUUUGCAGUGGAUACGAGUUACAGGUUGAAACCAGACCCGCCGGGCACCUCGACCCGCUUGGCGUACCGGUACGGCGCACAUGUUGCCUCACCGAAAGCGGUGCCGUACGAUGACACUUCGGUGACCUCGGAGACUGACAUGACCGACCUCCUCUUCUACACCGGACUUGACAACUUGGACGAUGACUAUGAACCGGAUGUGACUGAGUUUCAGGUUUUGGACAUGGAAACGCAAACGGUUGUAUCUUCUUGCUCGAACAACAACCAACUGGACGGCACAUGCAAGGUCCUGCCCGUAGCUCGAGGCAGCAACGCGGCAAACGAUCUGCCUAACCCUCGGGAUGGACUCGCGUACACUCCAAUCUACCAAGUGUUUAAUGUGAGCACUGAAGACGAGGUUGGGAACGAGGUGACGACCCAAGUGGGCGGAAGGUUGAUGCUGAUGUACGGCGGCAUGGCCUACGUGGGCAACGUCCUCAAUUCCACCACUGUCGAUGAUGGAGCUGCAGACCUGACGUUUACGGAGCAGUUGGUUCGUGACGCCCUCGAGACAUGCGACACAAUGGGCAGCCUUGACUUGGGCACAUUGGAUAGCAUGUCUCAAUGUACGACACCCAUCAUGGAGGCUUUAUUCGCGGAUCUGUACUCAUUUGACUACAGCGAUUAUUACGACUAUCAGAGCAGCGGCAGCGCUGACUACGAUUACUAUACCAGCUAUACGGAUGACUACGCAGGUGACUACUCGGUCAUCUGCAUACCACGAUCCGACCUUAGCCCCAGCCCCGAACCACCUGCUGUGGAAGAUGGCGACGUUUCGCCUCCCAGCGCCCCCGACUCCUCAUCUUCACCCGAGCCCUCUCCUCCACCUCUCAGCCGCCGUACAAAACCCCCACCUUCUCCCGUGAUGACCCCUCCGGACGCCCCGGACGCUAUCGACACCAACCCGCCAGACAACCCGCUCCCGCCUUCCACCUCCCGCCACCCUCCGCCUGCCACCAAGAGCGACGGGAGAAUUACGCCUUCGCCGCCUCCCUCGCCUCCUCCUACCCCCCCACCUCCUACCCCCUCACCCGCCUUUCCACUACCUCCCGACAUUUCCUUCGGCCCUCCGGACGCCCCGACUCCGCCGUCGCAUCCUCCUCCACCAAGGCCCUCCAUGCCAGCACCACCCUGGCCCACGUUAACUCGCUCCUCGCCUCCACCGUCGCCGUUGCCGUCGCCACCCCAGCCUUCGCCGCCGCCGAAGCCGCCGCCGAAGCCGCGACCCCCCUCCCCGCGGCCCUCACCUCCAAUGCCGCCAUCGCUGCCGCCGUCAGCUGCCGACAUUUCCCAGCCACCCGGUAGCUUUGCAAGCCGCCGGCUUUUGGAACUUGAGGGCAGCGCUUCUGAUAGCGCAGGAGAACUAUAUGCAUCAGGUCUCACUGACAGGGUUGCAGUUUCUGCGCGCCUUUCCUCUUCCUCCUCCGCAGUGGGGUUGGCUGGAGAGGAGGUAGCAGCGGGCAGAGAGUUGGAGGAGGCACUAUAUGAUACAGAAGAGGCUAUGGAAGAAGAUGCAGCAGGAGGAACAGAGGAAGGAGGAGCAGCAGCAGCUCUUAGGGGCCGGCAUGGGCAGGCGGCCAGUCAUGGCCGGCGACGAAGGAGGCGACAUGGUCCUCUGGGCCGACAGCGGAGGGCACAGGGAGGUGCUGGCGCCGGCGGUGGAAUGCGCGGGGGCGACAUGGAUGCCCGCCGGGCAGCACGUCGGCGGGCAUAUAAGAGGAUGCAAAAUCGGAGGCAGCAGCAUGCCUUGCAGCAGCGCCAACAGCAGCAGCACGAAUAUGAUACGUACCAAGCCACCCAGUCCAACCGCCGAGCUCUUCAGCAGUCCCAAGGCCUUACUGCAAACCGCCACCAUCGCCGGCUGAUCGGCAGCCCUGAGGACGGUGCCGCCACCGCAGCGGGCACAACCUCAACAUGGGGUAGCAGGGCAGCUGGAGCUGAAGCAGCAGCUGCUGCCGCGGCUGCGGGUGCGGCGCCAUCAGGCGGUGGUGGUGCUGUAAACAGCAGGACAGCCAAGGGCAGUACGCGAAUGUACGACAGCAGUAGUGGAACCGCCGGAGGAACAGAUGGCUUGGCAUCGGGGCCGACUAUUUUUGGUACGGCAUAUGCAGUGCUAUGGCAAAGCAGAAAGGAUCUUGCCAGGAAUCCGUUGGUCAAUACCCAGACGAAGUAUGUUAAACGUGGGAGCUCUCCAAGCGUGGUUACUUCGGGUCCUGCCUUCUACUUUGAUCUGCUGCUGAAUGUCAACGGCUCGACACUACAUUCCCCUGGUGAACGCGCUGCGGCUACCCUGGCGGAUUUGCCGUACAUCGGUGCCACCAAUGCCGACGCUGUUCUGUUUGGAGGAUUAACUGCAGUCAACAAGAGCGAUGCGAAUAACCAUCAGGGAGUCCCAUUCCUUGCCAACGACAUCCACUACCUGCAGUACAUUCCAGCGCAGCCAACAGGCAGCAUAUGGUAUCAAGAUUUGCCACCGCCUCGCUUCCUUUCCUGCCCCUUCGGCAGCUCAUCAGAUGUCGGCAGUGGCUCGGCAUGUCGGUCUGUUGCCGUGUUUCCGCAGCACGGUAACGAUGUGGCCCGCCCGCCGCCUCCUCUGGCUCCGUCGAGUUCGACAACCGAUGGCUCUUUACUGUACGCGGAUUGCCCGGAUGAGCUCCGGAAUAUGUCGUACGGCACUUACCAACUACGGGUGUACCGGGGUGUAAACAAGAAGAGGGCGAAGGCCAUGGGCAUUAUCUUCUCAAGCAUGACAAGGGCAAAGUCGUACCAGCCCUCCAUUGACCUUUCCAAAUUCAGGACUUGGCCCUGCUGCGCCGGCAACCUCACCCACUGGUCCUGGCCACCUAAUGGCACCGAAGCCACGGUUCCUGCCAACAAUGUCACCCUCAACAACGACGAAUCGACAUGGGAGGACAUCUAUUGGUUCCAACUGCCGCACGAUGUGUACGAUGUCGUGUUGUACAGCAACGGGCAAGGCUGGACAGCGGAUGAUGACCAGUCGGAUCCACUCAACUGCUCUAUUGACGAGCCCACACGCUGUCCGCGCAUCGAACUCUACAACGCGGAGGCCAACAGAAACAUUAAGGGCUUGGGAGGUCUUGGAAAUUACACCAUAUGGAUUGCCGACCUAGGGGUCACUACUGACAACUGGCGCACCUUCAAGCUCUCCCUGUGCGGCCAGUAUGUCUCCUCUCCUCCUCCAAUAAAGCCAACACCACCCUGGACGCCUAUGCCACCCUCGGAGCCCCCUCGGCAGCAGCCGAAUCUGCCUCCCCAGCACCCUGCUGAACCUGAUUCGCCGCCCGGUGGCGCUCCGUUUUUAUGGAACCCCUACCCGUUUGCGGUGGAGGGGAUACCCAACCUGCUGAGGAGUCAUGAGCUGCAGCUGGCACCGGACCACGACGUGGCUGAGGGGGCUCUGCCACGGGGCCGUAUGUGGCAUGCGAGCUGCUUCGUGGAGUCGAAGAACCUGUCGAGCUUGCUGGGAUUCGGCAAGCAGGGGUUGCUAGUUGUGCAUGGUGGAGUUACGGAUCCUCAGCUGGACACCCUAGACCCCGACACUGCGCUGCUAGGAGACCUUUGGCUCUUCGACCUCGAGUACCGCAGGUGGGCUAAGAUGACUGGCGGCGGUGAGAACCCCGGCAAACGCCUGAAGCACAACCUAAAGGCACAUGGAAGUAUCGUCUUCCUGUACGGCGGCUAUACGUACGACAGUGACGCUCAGCUGUGGCCGUACGGCACAAGCGUGUACUACAUUGAUCUGGAGCUGGGUAUUGACGCGGUUUGGACCCAAAUCGAUGGCGACAGCACUGUUCUGGGCAAGAAGUCGACACCAGCUGCCAUAGCGCAAGGUCUAGGAGUCAGCCGGAAACGCUCGCAGCUGGUGACGCUGAAUAAUGAGGGAAUCGUGUUCGUACCGCUGCCCACGAGCGCCAAGGUUGACAUGCACUCCAACAGCAGCAACAGCUCAGCACCGGCUGCUGUUACCGGAGACCUGCUGGAACUAAUGGUGGACAAAAUGUACGACGGCGACCUGCUAAUGCUGCCGGAGGACAAGGACGUGGCUAUCACGGGCCUCAUCACAAUUAACUCGGCCGUCGUCUUCCACGGCCGGGUCUCAGUGCGUGGAGGCAACACAAAUAACAAUAGCAGCAAGAGCCCACCUCCGACGGCUGCUGCCAAAAGAGCCCUCCAAAUGAGCGACAGCCGUUCCGACAGAGCAGCAGCAGGUGCAGCAGCAGCUGGCCAGGAUGGGCAGGAUAGCAGCUCCCGUGGGGUGUUGACCCAGAGUGAACUUGAGGCGGCAUUGCGGGUCCGCUCCCACCCGCUGGCGGUGCCCGCGCAACAGCGCAGCGGCUCCCAGGCGGUGCGAGCGGCGCAGCGGGCCACAGUGGAGGCCCUGCAUGCGGUCCGCAGGGCGCUGCAGACGACCUCCUCGCCUCAGGCUGCCUCUGGCCAGCAAGGCUCAGCUCCCUCCGCUGAUGUCCCCUCGGGAGUGGAUGUGGCCGCUUGGCUGGCCGUCAGCCGCACCCGGGUGUUCUGCGACCCCGGCAGUGUGUGGAUGCUGCAGGCCGCACCCAACUUCGUCAACAUGGAGUUUGUGGGCUGCCAGAUGGUGGUGGCUGGCUCCACAGGCAACCUGGCUGCGUCCUUUGUCAACUGCGUCUUUCGAGACACGCUGAACCGGCCAGCCGUCCUAGUUCAAGCUGGCAGUCAGGCCGCCUUUAAGGGAUGCCUCUUCUACAACAACACCUACAACACCCUCGCUCUCAGCCCGCCGCCGCCACUACCGUCGCAGCCGCCACCCUCACCUCCAUUGCCUUACACACAGCCGCCAGGCGGUAACAGCAACACCGCCUCGUCGCCAACCACCAACGGCGGCAGCACCAGUUCAAGCAGUAGCAGCGGCACUGGUGUCACAGAUGCUGCUCUGUAUGCUGGGGCAGGUUCAGCUAUCUACGUGAUGCCCCGAGGAUCGGUCACUGAAAUUUCCACAUCGGCAUUUGUGAGCAACGGCAACGGGCCGGGCACAACCAAGGGCGGUGCCAUCUUUCUGGCGGGCUCAGGCGCCUGCCUCGCCCUGGUGUCAGGUUCCACCUUUGUCCGCAACGGCGGCCCCAGUCCGCUGCUGGUGGAGGGAGGAGCCAUCGCCGGAGAAGCGCCUGAUGGUUGCGACCUGGCCAUCUCAGCUAGCAACUUCUCGGGUAAUGCGGCGGUUCGGGGGGGAGCGGUGUACAUCGUGCAGAUGGCCUCUCGGACCAUAACCUUCGCCAACACGCGGUUCUGGAACAACACGGCGUCUCGUGAUGGCGGCGGCUUGUACGUGUCCAACGUGUUAGGCCGGCUGGUGCUCUCCAACUCCUCCUUCAUCCGCAACACCGCAUCUGAGAGGGGUGGCGGGAUCAACCUGGAAGGGGUCAUCUCGGUAGCUGCAGAUGUGCUGAGACUGGAGGGGAACACCGCGUUUGCUGGCGUGGGCGGAGGUCUGGCACAUUCUCGUCAAGGCGUGCUGACGCUGAGUCGUUCAGUCGUCGCCGGCAACCAGGCACUGUACGGCGGCGGCUUGGGCUGCUCUCAGGACCUGGAGGUUCGGCUGCAGGACUGCAGCCUGUACGGCAAUACGGCAGUGGCGCAUGCGGGCGGCAUGGAGUGCUACGAGUGCUACCAGGUGUCCAUUAACAGGACGUCCUUCACGGCAAACACCGCGCUCUCCGCCGGCGCCGUCGCCCUCACCCUGGUGGAGCAAGGCGGCACCAUCGAAUCCUCCUCCUUCUCCCACAACACCGGCAUGUCACGCGACGGUGCAGCAGACAAGGAAGGCCAGGCCGCGUGUGCUCGUGACGGUGCCGGUGGCGGCGGCGCACUCUGCAUUUACCUUCGUCGCAGCUUUUAUCUAAAUGCGACGCGGUUUUUAAACAACACCGCGCUAGCUGGUGGAGGGCUGUAUCUGCAGCAGCGGUGUCUGGCGGGAGAAACGGGCUGCGGACCGGCGGUCAUUACGGAGAGCGUGUUUGAGGCAAAUGUGGCGAGGCUUGGCGGUGGAGGCGCCAUAUUCCGUACGACACAUAACUUGACGAACGUACGGUGUCCUGGCUCGGCGGACUGGAUGCCGUGGCCCAUGAUGCACAAGGCAUGCACUGACACCUGGGUGCGAAACUCAGCCAAGUACGGUAACAUCACGACUACCAUCGCGUACAGCCUGCAACUCCUCACGCCGCCGCACCAGAAAGGCUACCGGUCCAACGACCCUCUGAACGUAACCGCGGCCAUCCAAGACUACCACAACCAACUCAUCGUGGAUGGGACACGCGAGGCAACUACCACCAUGGAGGUCCACGUGUACGGCAGCAACACCUCCGUCUCCCUGGCGGGCAACAGUCUGAGCACCGCCAAGGGUGUGGGCAACUUCACGACAUCCCUUAAGCUGCAGGCUGCCCCGGGCAACUACUCGCUGCUGGUUGUUGCUCCCAGGAGCAUUCAAGACCUGAGUCCCCUCUAUGUGAACGUCACGGUACGGCCUUGCGUGUUCGGCGAGAUUACGAGCAAGGACGGCACGCAAUGCUUCCCUUGCGACUUUGGUACCUUCUCCCUUAACGCCUCGAGUCUUCAGUGUGAAAAAUGUCCUGACAACGCCAACUGCUCUGUAGUCGGCUACCCCUGGGUUACCAUGCCCCAGGAUGGGUUCUGGCACUCGGGCCCGAGGAGCCCCAACAUCCUGGCCUGUGCUUACGACAAGGCUUGCGAGACCACCGAGAAAUGGCCCCGUCAGGAUAACAUGGCCGGCUACCUUGUAGCUUUGGGUGAUGGCCGGCUGCCGUACAACGUAACCGCCUACCAAGACCUCCAGUGCGCCCCGGGCUACUACGGCACCCUGUGCAGUCGCUGCCAGGAGGGAUUCGGACGCCGCAACAACGGCAAAUGUACCAAAUGCCCCAAACACGGAGUAAACGCGGUAUUGUACGUGCUCUCCCACUUCGUCAACUUGGUCCUUAUCUACUGGACGGUACGAACCCAGCUUCCCGGCUCCCUCACCAGCCGGCGCCGAGCUGAGCGCCUGGCCGCUGACCAGAAGCGUUUCCUGGCUGCCCAACAGCAGACCGUGAAGCACUGGCUGCACAAAGCCAAGGUGAAGUCCAGGACAGCACCACCUCCACCUCCAGAACCUCAGACCGAGGCACAACGGCCCAGCAACGGCUCUGUUCCCCUUCCGGGUCAGGUGACCAAGCAAGGUCCGGCUGCAGGUAACUGGCCCACGGGUCUGCCUCCCAGGCCGCCGCCACCACCGCCACCGCCUCCACCACCACCAGCGCCACUGCCGCCUGCACCCUCACCACCACUUCCGCAGCAGCAAACGCUGCAAAUGGACCAGCAAGGGGACUUGGAAAGCCAGCAGAGGGAGCAUGAGGUCGCUGUACGGCCAAAUGGUAUUGCACAGGGUGGUCACGAGGAAUCCCGUCGUUCUUCUCGGUCUUCCUCGAGCAGCGAUGAUGAUGAUGAGGGAUUGGUAGCGUGUACGGUCGAGGAGGGGCCGUACAAGGGAGGGAAUUACGGAGUGGUAAUAAAAAUCCUCAUGUCGUACCUCCAGGUGACGAGUGUGGUCCGAACCAUAUCCGCUCCCUGGCCCAGCUUCAUCACCGGGAUCCUGUCGUCGGCAACCGCCGUCAGCAACAGCAUCACAGCGCUGGUAUCCAUCGAUUGCUCCCUCCAUGAUGGGCCCGUGCCAAAGAGCAUUCAGGGUGUGCUCAUCAAGAUCGGCACGCCCUUAGUCAUCCUGGUGCUGGGCAUACUGUUAUGGUUCUCCAUCUUCACGGAGCGCCGCCUGAAGAGCAAUCCCAUAGCUGCCAGCAUUGCUGACUACCUCCGCCCGCGCAUCAUCAUCACUUCCAUAGCCAUUGUUUUCUACGUGUACCCCGACAUCACCAACACGCUGCUGUCCAUGUUCGCAUGCUCUGUGGUGGACCCCACUGACGGGGACUACAGCGACCUCAUGGAAGCCAGGGGGAGCUUCUGGUCUCAGGACUACAACCUGAAGUGCUACACCAACCCUCACAUGUGGCUGGCCAUGGGGGUGGGGGUGCCCGGAGUGAUCCUGUUCGCGCUGGGGGCGCCCAUCUUCUCAUGGAUAUGGCUCAAGAUGCACUCCGCGCUUCUGUACACCAGCCGCGACUUCGGUGUGUCGUACGGCUUCAUGUACGAGGACUACUCCCGGGAAUCCUACUUUUGGGAUAGCAUCAUCAUGUUCCGCAAGCUGGCGGUGGUGACAGUGGUGGUGUUCCUGGCGCCUGAGGGGCCCCUGCUGCAGGUGCUGGCGGCACUGGGCAUUAUCAUUCUGUCAGUCAUUGCACAACUCUCCGUCAGGCCAUACAAGAGCCCCCACAUGAACGACUUGGAGCGCCUCUCGUUGUACGCCACGCUCUUCCUGCUCUACUGCGCGCUCUUCUUCCUGUGUGAUAUUCCGACAUCUGCUAAGGCCGCUCUGGGCCUCGUGCUCAUGAUCUUCAACAUUUUGGUGGUGGCGUUCUUCAUCUGGCAUAUCGUUCGGGAGAUCGUGAUAGCGCUGAUAUGGACCAUUGAUGACCAUUCCAACGGCGAUGGCGUGCUUGAGUGGAACGACGUGUGGGUCUAUGUGGACCGGCAGCACUCGAACAUGUGGUACUCUCGCUCGCUCAUGCGCUGCCUGCAAGCCCUGCAGAAGAUAACAACGUUCUUCCAUCUAACCUUCUUUGCUCCGGCCAAGAGAGUGUCGCGUUUCGUCACCCGGCGCCGUCUUAGGAGCGAGAGCUCUUCUUCCUCCUCUUCCUCUUCAUCUUCCAGCAGUAGCAGCAGCAGCGACAGCAGCAGCGGCAGCUCCAAGGGCAAUCGACGCAGCAAACGCAGCAAGCCCGCGAUUAACAGCAGGGAGAACAGUAACAACAACCAUGAAGGAGGCAGCAACAACAGUAGAAGACUGGGUAAAGGCUCUAGUGCUUCAUUUGAUCAGCAACAAAAGCCCUCGACGACCGGCCCAAGACGACCUUCAAGCGGGAGCAGUAACAAGGUAGCUCCGGAGCCGGUUUCUGCUUUGCUUCAUUCUCCGGCUCCGCCUUCGCAUCCGGCAGGCCGAAUGCCCUCCGGAGUAGGCGGCAUUAAAUCCAGGAAUGCAAGCAACGUUGCGCCGAGCGAUGUGGAUGCUGACAUGCUCGCGACCGAUCUCGCGCUCUCACCUGGGUUCGAACCAUCAUCAGCCCUAACUGGCUCCAACUCCCUCCAGUCACCUUUCAUGCCUUCCGUCGUUGCCAACGUGGUUCCCCGAAGGGCCCCCUCGCUCGACUCACCUCCAACUUCAAAGCGCCAAGACCACCAGCAGCAGCAACAGCAGCAGCAUAAGGAAGCAUCGGAUGUCAGCGAAUCCCGGUUGGUGCAAGUCCCUUCAACUAUUGAAGCGGUUGCAUCCAGCUCUACUGUCGUACCUGUCGUGUCAAUGGACGACAGCCAAAAGCCCAGCAUCAGAGCAAGCAGCAGCAGCCACAAUGGCGUUAGUCCUGCUGCUGAUGUGGCACAACGCAACAACAGCAACAGCGGCGCCGCUAAACAUAUAACUGUAACCGCAACCGCAGUCAUUAACAGCAACGUCGAUGGCGGCAACAGCGAUCUACAGAGUGGUUUGGUUGGAGGCCUUUCGUCUUCCAUCAAGCGGGGCAUGGGAGGUGACGGAGAGGGAGAAGCUAGGAGGUCCUCGGGUGCUCCCUACAUGCCGCCCGGCACUGGCGGAGAAGUUGCAGGCGGCAACGGGGCAUCGGGGGCGCAAAACGACGACAAGUCCAGGGCCGUUACUCUGCCGUACUCCUCGAGGCAUGGAUCUCCGGUCGGGUCUCUCUACAAUGGCGGCGCUUACCGGGGCGAUGCUAGUGCCGUUGGUCGCGGUGGUAGUGGCGGUAGGGCCGUUGGCAGUGGGGAGGGCACCGGCAAGAGAGCUUCAUACUGAGGGGACAUGUGUUUUGGGCUGGUGGAGGUGAAUGUCGAAUGCCAUUGAACCGUAGUUAUGUCAAUUUGUAGGGUAUCGGCACCGAGAGGUGGUUGAUAUGUUGUGGCAAUGAUGAUUACAGUUGGGUGUCUCUUUUCUUCUGGCUGAAGACUGGGAGGGUUGACGUGUUCGAGGAUGAAUAAGACCGUCCAUGCGCGGCGUCGCCUCUUACUUGUGCAUGGUGCAUACACAUAGCUCUUGGUUAAAUGUUGUCCGGAUUGCGAACAACCAGUUCGAGUUGGACGUUUAGCUGAUAAGUAAGUCCCAUUCAUAUCGGUAUUGUUGUUAAGAGGGGCGUGCGGUGCGGUGCUGCAUUCGUCGCCCAUGUUGGCACUUUUGGCCUACGCAAGCCAAGCGCUGCAGACUGACGUAAUGGCAUGCGUCAAAGGAACAAUUGCAGACUCAAGGAAAAGGGGAGAAGGUAUCGGACAGGCUAUCUGUCCAUGGCCGUGCAUUUACGUGUUUGCAUGCGUGUGUCAUGCAUCUUGGCUGACCCAUGGGUCAGCCAUGGAUAAAUUUUAUAAUGACCCAUGGCUUUCCUUUAUACUGACUUUGGGUCAGUGGCUAUCCUCAUUAGCUGCAUUCAUUUCAGCGCUUUUCAGUGUACUAUCACAUUGGAUAGGCAUGGUCAACUUUCAGUUUUACGUUGUAGGUCUGGCAUGCUCUGUUAAGUUGGUGCGUCGUACGCGUUGCAAAUAGGUCCUCCGGACUGAUUGGUACUUGAACCCACCACGCAGAUGCUUGGCUGGUUGUCCGCCAAAAGCGCCUAGACACCUGCACUUGUACCCAACCACAACGAACAGUGUGCUUGGGUUCCGCUGUUCUUACCGUGUGCUGCUCAAGCACUUGUACACUAACAUACACACGUUGCAAUUACUCUCUGGCUGUACGUAGAUAAGGCCCUUGUUUAGGGUUCAGACAGCUGGCCGUGUCGUUAUUCCUGGCUGUCCGUACGUACAACUAAAGCUGGUGUCAGUAGCCAAAUGUAGCUGACAUAUGUGGGCCUUUCUUGUGUGCCCUACUGUGUGACUGUCAGCGGGUGCACCUAAGCGGACUGAGCUGCUGAAUGCUGAUGUGCGUUCGAGUUGAGAGGCGAUACCGGUACUCGUGUAUCGAUGCUAUACUGUCGGUUUCCUUUGUCACUUGGGGUCUCCACAGUCCACAAGCUACAAUCAUCACCAUGCACUGGAUUACAUGUGUAGUGGUGCGAAUGCAAACGCGUGUUUCGUGGCGUUGUCUUGGACACCUUUGUAGUAGACCGCUACCAGUAAUGCCAUGGUCUCUGUGUUGGGUACGGUGUAGUGCUCGCUAGGUAUGUCCCACGUGCUGCGUUGCUUCGUUAGGCAUAGGUCGUGACAUUGUUUACUGGCUCUGACGCUGUGGUUAGUGGUUACUUUAACUCACGGUUUACGUAAAGCCGUUUGGCUCCGAUGCCCAGGUUGUAACCGCUGACCCAA